AUGUCGGCUCCAAAAUUGACAGAUAGUCAGAAGAAGGUUCGAGGAUUUGUAAACAGAAUAAUCGGAAAAUUAAUGUUCAAAUGGAAACACACUACCUCGAUGGAGUUGUUCUGUGCCGCCGAACUGGCGGAACUCUGUAUUCGAGCCAGAGAGCUGAUAUGGGCAGAGCCAAUUUGUCUGAAAUUGGAGACGCCGAUUUGUGUGAUGGGCGAUUUGCACGGGCAGUUUGAUGAUUUGUUAGGGAUGUGGGAUUCGAAUGGAUGGCCGUUGACAGAGAAGGAGAGAAAUUGGUUUAUGGAAAAGACUCUAAAAACCAAACGGAUGCCUUGCACUGAACCGAAAUCUUCUCAACCAGAUUCCAAUCCAAAUGGUCCGAGGUCUUCUGGAGGUUGGGACGAGAAACCAGUAUUAAAGGAGGUGAAGGAUCUGGGCUACAAGAGAUAUCUGUUCCUCGGGGAUUAUGUGGAUCGUGGAAUGUAUUCAAUGGAGGUUGUCAUCCUUCUGAUAGCCAUCAAAAUGGCGUAUCCGGAUCGUUUGUACAUGCUUCGUGGCAACCAUGAAUCCCGUUCUGUCAACUGUCAUUAUGGGUUCUACAGAGAAGUUACUAGAAGAUACGACGCGAAACUCUACGAAUACUUCUCGGAUCUAUUCAACGUCUUCCCAUUUUGUGCUAUCAUCGAGGAUACUAUAAUGUGCAUGCAUGGAGGAAUCAGUGAGCAAUUGAUGAAUCUCAGUCAGUUGGCUCUUUACAAACGACCAGUGGAAAUUCCCGAUAUGGGAGUCUUGGCUGAUCUAACCUGGGCUGACCCGGAUCCGACUGUUAAACGCUACGCCCCUUCUAGUCGUGGCGCCUCGAGCGUCUUCGGCUCCCAAGCUCUUCGAGAAUUCCUCAAAAGACUCAACCUCCGAUUGGUGAUUCGCGCUCAUCAAGUUGUCGAGGACGGAUACGAAUUCUUCGAUAAUCGUCGCCUGAUUACCGUAUUCUCGGCGCCCAACUACUGUGGCCAAAACGAUAACUCGGCUGGCAUUUUGUGCAUUGAUCAGUCGUUGAAGAUAUCGAUUGUCGUUUAUCGUCCGAUGGUCAGAGACAGGAAGUUUUUCGGAAAGGAGAAAAGAACCAAGGUACCGGCUAAAGUGAAUGAAUGA